GGCGAGCUCUGUACUAAUUCAUACACUGCCAGAGUCAACAUGUCGCUCGCAUCGGCAACCAAUCCCUUGAAAGCUGUGCAAUGUGCGAGAUCCGUUCUCGGCUUGCUUUUCGCCCAAAGUAAAAAAGAAUUCUCUACGUCUUGCCCCUUGCAGGCGAACAAGGGAAAGCGAAAGCCCAACUAUUCCACGUUGACGAAACAUCUCAAACCAGACGGAAUGACAGGACCACAAAGGCGGAAUGUUUUGCGUGAGAAGGCAAAAUAUAGUAGAGGGUCAAAGCCAGGCAAAUAUAUCCCUGUAACCAAACGGUUAGAACCCAUUCGCUCCGAUAUCCGUCCAUCCGCCAAACCUGCGGCAGAAUCUGUUGCCGAACUUUCAGAGCGACUUGCAAACACCUCAUUUAAUGAGCUUGGAUUACGUCCUCAGGUCCUCAAUGCAGCAUUGACGGGACCUUUGAAAGACGUAGAAGACCCUCAACCAACGGAGAUUCAAGCUUUGGCUAUACCAAAGAUAUUGCACGCCUCAUCGUUCCGACAAUUUUUAUGUGCAGCAGAAACCGGUUCAGGGAAAACAUUGGCAUAUUUGCUUCCGACGAUGCACGAAUUAAAGAUCCAGGAGGAAAAAAAUCCACGUAUUCGCCGUUUAGACCACCCACGGGCUAUUGUUCUCGUCCCAACGCGAGAGCUUGUAACGCAGGUGCUCAAGACGUGCAAGUCUUUGUCGCAUGUGGCGAAACUGCGAGCCGAACAAUUAACUUCGCGAUUGUCGCGGUCCAGACUAGUGGAUUCGCUAGCAUCUUCACCUAUUGAUAUCCUUGUCACCACGCCAACGUCACUUUUGUCUCAUGUUGAAGAUGGAACCCUGUCCAUGGCAGAUGUGAGCCAUUUGAUCAUCGAUGAAGCGGACACGCUAUUUGACUCAGGUUGGGGAGAUGAAUGCAAACAAGUGUUGGAUACUUUGAACAAAAUUGCAGAACAUCGUAAUUUGGAACAAAAAGUCAUCAUCGUAUCAGCUACGCUUCCUCGAUCCGUGAGCACUCUACUUGACCAACUAUUCCCCAAGCUUGUCAAAAUCACUACGCCUUCGUUGCACAAGUCGUUGCCUAAUCUCAAGCAAUCGUUUGUGGAUCUCACUAGAUUCAAAGGAAAUCGACAAAUUGGUCUGUUGGAGGUGUUGAAGAAAAAUAUCAAGGACGAAAAAACACUCAUAUUUUGUAACACCAAAAAGAGUGUAGAGUUGACCCAUCGAUUUCUACAAAGCAAGGGUAUCGAGGCUUUGGCUUUGUACAAGGACGCACCCAUGAGCCGUGAAGAGACAUUGCGAAACUUUUCUCAACCAGCCAGCGAUGGGGACGAAACCGAUGAGCGAAAUAACAUGCUAAUCAGUACCGACAUUGCGUCAAGAGGAGUCGACACCACUUUUGUAAACCACGUCGUCCUUUACGAUUUCCCUUCGUCUGUCAUCGAUUACCUUCAUCGUGUUGGUCGUACUGCACGCGCUGGACGCAACGGCAAAGCCACUGGCUUGGUAGGCAGAAGGGAUAAGAUGCUGGCAGAUAGAAUUCAGCGCGGCAUUCGAGAAGGCACUGUGCUCACAUAGAUUUAGAGUAGCUUAUACAGAAAAAAAAUAAAAACUAAAAUAGCAGAGAUGCCAGUGGUUAUAACUGUAGACGCU